AUGCAAUCCGGACGCCCCGCCACCGUGGCGUCUGUCACGCGUGUGGUGUCCGCAAGAAGGGCGUGGCCACCAACACUCCUCUCCGCCCUGCUGCUGCUGCUGCUGCUGCUGACGGUGGUGUGGGCUGCCCGGCCUGCGGAGGCGCAGGCUCCUUCCCCGUCGCCUGCUCCCCCGACGCCGUGGGCGGCGUACAGCUUCUUCAGCAGUCUCGCCUGCCCACCGUGUUCGCAGGGGCAAACCGAUGGCCCAAGCGGCGUCGGUACACUCUUCACCGCGGCCGGUGGCUCGCUCGGCCCCGAUGGCCAUUCGCUGCUGCUCUGCGACGUCGGCGGCGGGGGCUCUAGCGUGCGGAUUGUGAACCGCUCCGGCAUCUUCACCGUUGCCGGUAGUCGCACGGACCGUGGCAUGAGCAACGGGCCAGUGGCGCAGGCGCUCUUCAACACGCCCACUAGCGUGGUGUACGAGAACGGCGCGCUCUACGUGGCCGACAGCGCCAACAACGCCAUUCGGCGCGUGGCGGGGGGCAUGGUGAGCUCCUUUUUCUCGGCGGGGCUGCAGAAUCCGUCCUACAUCCUCCCCUACCGACGUCCGGUUGGCGCACACGACUUGUUCGUCUCCGACACCGGCCACUACCGCAUCAUUUUUACCCCGCUGCAGAACCACACCUUCUUCACGGAGUUCGUCACCGGGUUCCAGCCUGGCGUCCUGCAGAUCAGUGUGUCGCGUCGGCGCAUGUUUGCCAUUAGAAACGCCCUCAAAAUCGUGGCGAUUGACAUGGACGCCGCCAACGUCAGCGACAGCUCCUGGGACGUCGGCAACAGCAGCUGCACGGGCUACCUCAGCUCCCUCAUGCUCACGGCGGACGAGAGUGAGCUCUUCUACUACGGCAACCGGGACGGAACGGCGUACAUCUUCUCCGUCCCCGCCACGGCGUCGAAGGACAAGGCGCCAAGCCUCUGCCCGCAGGUGGUGAUGGAGUGGACCGGCGGCGCCGUCACCUCGCUCGUGCUUGUGAACCAGCACGAGUUUUACGUCGUGACCACCUCCGACGUCUACCUCGUGCGGGACGGCGCCUACACGCCGACGCCGACGCCGACGCCGCCGCAGACGCCCACCGUGACGCCGACGGCGCCGCUGUCGCCGACGAUCCCGCAGACGCCGACCCCGAGCAUCACCGUCUCGCCCUACCGCGGCGACGUCGUGGCCGCCUUCCCCGCCGCAAGUCUUCCGCUAGCCAACGAGCAUCUCAUGGCCGAGCUCUACGCGUGGAUGAUGAAGGAUGUGGGAAUUGCGUUUAACUCCACCGACUUCCUCGCCGUCUUUCCGCCGAAGGGGAAAUUUGACGUGCCCGGCGACGUGAACGUCUCCACCUGGACAAACCUGACGACGCAGCUCAACUUUGACGGCACCAUUGCGAUCACGGAGUACUACACACCGCACGGCAUGUCCUCCGAGGAGGGGCAGGACCGCCUCUUCGCCUCGCCGUGGUACUGGACGAGGAAGUUCCUGGAUUCCCUCAAGCAGGAGGCGCCGUGGACGCACCUAGAGGACUUCUGUGUGCUUAACUGCGUUGAGCAGUGCGCGACGAUGACCUUUGACAGGUCGCAGUGCCUAGACUACGUAAAGCCGCCGGCGUGCAACGACGUCUGUGUGGGGGCGGUGGUGUCCUCCGCGGUGCUCGGCGCCACGGGCGUUGCGUUGUUUGCCCUCAUGAUUGGAAGCCCGGCGAAUGCGCUGAGUGCCGUGCUGCUCGUGCCACCCGUGUAG